GGAAGCGGCGCCUGGACCAGCGUUGGUGGGGGGCUGUCUCCCUGCCCUCACUGCCCUCCCAGGUGGCAGGUCUAUAUGGCCGGGCCCUCUGAGCGGGAGGUCAGUGUCGGGGAGGGCCGGCCCGACUCACGGGGUCCUGGCUAGGGGGGCACUCCUGGAGGUGUCUACGCAAAGGCUCCGGGCCGGGGCCGGUCCAGGUUGGCACCAUCUUCGGGUGGGGGCGGGGCAGGGCAGAGACCCAGGGCAGCUGGGACUGUUCGGCCAGCACGCGCCCCCGCGCCCCCUGCGGUGCUGCGGAGCGGGGUCCUGGGCGUCCUGGCGCCGCCCCGCGUCCCACCCCGUCGUCGGGGAGACCCCGCGCGCCCCGCCCCCGCCGGGCCCGCCCUCUGCUGGCCCAGCCCCGGCCGCCGACGCGCUUUGAAAGUGACCCUGGGCUGGGCGGCCGCGGGGCGGCGGCGCCGGGCACCAUGACAGAAGAUGACCGAGGCGGCGCUGGUGGAGGGCCAGGUCAAGCUGCGGGACGGCAAGAAGUGGAAGAGUAGGUGGCUGGUGCUGCGCAAGCCGUCGCCCGUGGCAGAUUGCCUGCAGCUGCUCGCGUACAAGGACCGCUCGGAUCGUGCCAAGGGCCUGCGGGAGCGCAGCAGCGUCACGCUGGAAGCCAUCUGCGGCCUGGAGCCGGGGCUGGCGUUCGAGGGCCUGGCCCACACGCUGGCCAUCGUGUGCCUGCCGCAGGCUGUCAUGCUGGGCUUCGACAGCCGCGAGGCCAUGUGCGCCUGGGACGCCCGCAUCCGCUACGCGCUCGGCGAGGUGCACAGAUUCCCGGUGACGGUGGCGCCGGGCACCAAGCUGGAGAGCGGCGCGGCCACGCUGCAUCUGUGCAACGACACGCUGGCCCUGGCGCGGGACGUGCCGCCCGUCGUGGGGGGCCAGUGGCGGCUGUCGGACCUGCGGCGUUACGGCGCGGUGCCCGGCGGCUUCAUCUUCGAGGGCGGGACCAGGUGUGGGUACUGGGCCGGCGUGUUCUUCCUGUCGGCGGCUGAGGGCGAGCAGAUCAGCUUCCUGUUCGACUGCAUCGUGCGCGGGGUCUCGCCCAGCAGGGGCCCCUUCGGGCUGCGGCCGCUGCUCCCAGAUCCUGGCCCUGGAGUCCCUGGGGCCGCGCCGGACCGGGUGGCCCAGGAGGCCCUGCGCCUGGAGAAGCGGCUGAGUCUCCUCUCGCACGCGGGCAGGCCUGGCAGCGCAGGGGAUGACCGCAGCAUGUCCAGCUCAUCUUCAGAGGCCAGCCACUCGGAUGUCAGCGCCGGCAGCCGGCUUGCCGCGUGGCCGGAGUCGGCCUCCGCCAGCACCUCGCAGGAGGGUGGCCCGGGCCCCGGGGAGGCCGCACCAGGCACCUCCCGGCCACCCCCCCAGCCGCUGCGGCCGCGGCCACUGCAGGAGGUCGGCCGCCAGGGCUCCUCGGACAGCGGCAUUGCCACGGGCAGCCACUCGUCCUGCUCGGGCAGCUUCUCGUCGUGUGCGGGCAGCAGCCUGGACGUGUGGUGCGGGGCGGGGGAGCAGGGCUCCCAGCUCAGCCUCCCGCCCGAGCACAGCCUGUGCGCCUGCCCGCCCGCCACCGCCGAGUACCAGGUGCCCAGCGGGCUGCGGCCUCACUACGACACACCACGCAGCCUGCACCCGGCCUCCGGGGAUCAGAGCCGGGCCGGGCAGGGAGGCCCCGACGGGGACAGCGUGGCCCGGGACUCAGGAUGUCCCCCUGGCUGGCUGGGCGCCAGACGCCGGGGACAGACCACGGAAGUGCUGCCGGCCGCCCCGUCUGGCCCAGCCCCGGGCGAGCCGUGGGAGGGGGGGGGCCACCAAGCCGGGCCCCCCCCAGCACUCUUUUCCACCUGUGCUGUGUGCGGAGGCCUUAAGGGAGCAGCGGCCGCACCCCCGGGGCCCCCUAAGGCGCAACUGGGAGGCCCCACCUACGCGAACAUUCCGGCCAGCCCCGCCGCCAGACCGCAGCUGCUCUACACGGGCCUGGAGCUGCGGGAGGCCCGGGCAGGGGUCCGAGGGACCGGCGCCUCUCGCUACGCGCAGAUCGACGCGGUGGCCACGGCAGCGGCGCGCUGGGCGGGGGUGCGGCACGCGCAGGCCCGGGCUGAACAGAGGAAGGAGGCCCCACGCUGACCCGAAGACCAGGGCACCGGGCCACCGCCUCCCUCGACGUUCUGGCGGCAGAGUCCCAGGGACCCACAGUGACCGUGUAAACAUCAAUCUAAAGCCUGGGGCGUCCCUGUAACUUCUCCCCUUCCUAAUGCGAGCGCCCUGAACCCCGACUCGAGCCGUCCCUAUGGGGUGAACCUGGGGACCGGCACAGCCAGCACACCGGGCCGAACUCGGGGGGCUGCAGCCCGAGGCAGGAUAGGCUGGAAUGUAGGGGCCCUCCAACUCCCCUGGCCCUCCCGGGACCUGGGCUGUGGCCCCCCGGGGCGCCUCUCUGGGGGACGUGCCCCACUCGCAGGGCCAGCAGGCUCGCAGCAGGGCUGUGGACUGCAGUGGACUCUGGCAGAAGCACCCCAAUGUCCCUAGGCCUCUAAGCUGUCCUACCUCACACAGCCACCAGUACUUCCCCCUUAUUUGUAAGUUCCUUCUGGAAGCCUCCGUCCCCCCUGGAUCAGCUGCCCAGCGUCCCUCGGGGUAGGGAGUCCUUCCUGUGGUCUGAGGGGCCAGAGACCCAGGGCAAGCCUCCAGCUGCUGCCCUCGGAUGUCCGGAUGCGGACGCAGUGUGGGCUGGGACACGGCUGCUUCC